UUUUUUUUUUUUUGUGUUGUCUUGCACUGUGCUGUAAUAAAUUUAUGCUUGUUGGUACUACUGUGUGGUAUGUGGGAGGUACUUCACUGCACAUAGUUGCUGCAGUGCUAAUAGUUGGCAGCACAGAAGGCAGUACAAAGAGUCCGACUGGAGGCAGUUGCAGUUGCAACGUUCCCUUGGAGGCUGUGGCAUGCUCAGUGAGCUGCAGGGGCACUCCUGACAUGUUCAGCCACUUGUGUGGAGAAGUGGGAGUUCCAGCAGGCUUUAACAAGCAGAUGUAGGCUACUAGCUGAGAGGUAGAACAGCAUAGCUCACGCUCGCUAAAAAAUAGCACUCAUGCUGCUACGUAAACAAAACAAGAUCUUAGUAUCAAGAUGGCCGACCUGGAAGUCUACUUGUAGCUCGUGGUACUUAUGCAAAUGAGCUACGCGUCAGUGGCUUGCUCAGAGGAGGAAUCUCAUUUUGCACAUGCCACCUUCUCGCCAGGGUCAAGAUGGAUAGCACAGAUGAACCUCAGAAAAAAGUCUUUAAAGCACGAAAAACAAUGAGAGUGAGUGAUCGACAACAACUUGAAGCUGUCUAUAAGGUUAAAGAGGAGCUGUUGAAGACAACUGAAGUUAAACUGUUAAAUGGAAAGCAUGAGAAUGGAGAUUCUGAUUUAAAUUCCCCUUUAAGCAAUACAGACUGUAUGGAGGACAAGAGGGAAGUUAAUGGCCUAGUGGGCUUGUGUGUUAACUCUGAAGAAGAAAGAACAGCUUCUGAUGAAAUUAGUGAAGCCAAAAGCCCUGAAAGUAGGGCAGGGAACAUAGUCCAUGACAUAGAACCCAAACCUCUAACGCUGUCUCCAGAGAAUGUUCCUUCUGAGCAGAAUAAAGAUACUGAUACUGCUUUAGCUUGUGAGGCUGAAAAUGGAGUGCUUGCUAGCAAUAAAGAUAACUUCCAUGAAGAAAAUAAUACAAAAGAUCAUUUGGACCAAAGAGAGAGUGACAUCCCAUCAGAAGGUGAAAGUAAAUCAAUCUGUGAUAUUAGUGACUCUUCUGAAGAGAAGGGAGAAACAAAUGACUUAGCUAUUCAUUCCGAUUCAUCUGGCGAGGAAAAGAGGACUGAAGAAGUAACUGCUGAAGAUGCUGUUGGAGAAGAAGCCAUCUCUAGCAGUAUGGAAGCUGACCAGGAACCAAAGGACAAACGAGAUGGCACUGCAGGUCUUUCAGAAACCACUGCUCAGAAGACAAUAGAUGACCCAAGUGAAAGUAUCUUGGACAGUACUGAAUCUAUGGAAACAGAUGAAAUUAUUCCAAUUUUGGAAAAACUAGCCCCGGCUGAAGAUGAACUGAGCUGUUUUUCUAAAAGUUCUCUGCUUCCAGUGGAUGACACAGUCCCAGAUUUAGAAGAGAAAAUAGACAACUGUUUGGGUUCACCAUCCAAGCAGGAAAAUAAUGAAAGUCUGCCAAAAGAGGCUUUCUUAGUACUGUCUGAUGAAGAGGAUCCCUGUGAUGAGAAGGAGGAACAUGCUGAAGUGAUACUACCAAAUAAGUCAAGUCUUCCAGAAGAGGUGGAGGAGGAGAGAAGAAAGGAGAGUGAGGAGGAUAAAGAAAGAGAAGAGGCCCAGAAAGAAGAGGAGAAACACACUGAGAGAAGUGAAGUGUCAAGGAGAAAGCGUUCCAAAUCUGAGGACAUGGACAGUGUUCAUUCUAAACGUCGUCGGUACAUGGGAGAAGAUUAUGAAGCAGAACUCCAAGUAAAAAUUACAGCCAGAAGGGAUGUUGACCAAAAAUUGCAAAAGGUUAUCCAGAGACUGUUAGAAGAAAAACUUACUGCUUUACAGUGUGCUGUAUUUGACAAGACUCUGGCGGACUUGAAAACCCGAAUAGAGAAAGUAGAAUGUAACAAGAGGCAUAAAACUGUGCUUACUGAACUACAGGCUAAAAUUGCUAGAUUGACAAAGCGGUUUGGAGCAGCCAGGGAGGACUUGAAGAAAAGACAGGAAAAUUCACCAAAUGCACCUCUGUCACCAGGGAAAGCAGCAAGUGACACUGCAAACACAAACAAUGCGACAUACCGAAAUGCUGGCACAGUGAGGCAGAUGCUGGAGUCAAAGAGGAAUGUAGGAGAGAGCACACCAGCAACUUUUCAAGCCCCUGUCAAUGCAGUGCCAGCUUCCAGUCUUGCUGCUGCUUCGACAGUUGUCAGUGGACAUCCUAAGCCUCAGACCCCAGUGACCUCCACCAGCUCUUUGACAACAACAGUUCUUCCCACAGCUAACACAGCUACGGUUGUAGGCACUAACCAAGUGCCCAGUGGCAGCACUCAGUCAGUGUCUGUGUCAUUGCAGUCUUUGCCCGUAAUCUUGCAUGUACCUGUUGCAGUGUCAUCCCAGCCUCAGCUCCUGCAAGGCCACACAGGGACUUUGGUCACUAACCAACAGUCAGGCAACGUUGAAUUCAUAUCUGUACAAAGCUCAUCUACAGUUGGUAGCCUUACCAAAACUACAGUGUCUUUGGCAUCAACUAACCCAACUAAACCAAACAACAGCCCAUCUGUGCCCAGUCCUGGUAUUCAAAGGAACUCUCCAGCCAGUGCUGGGUCAGUAGGCACAACGUUGGCAGUACAGGCUGUUUCUACUGCACAUCCUGUUGCCCAGGCUACAAGGACUUCUUUGCCCACAGUGGGUACUUCGGGACUUUAUAAUGCUACCAGCAGUCGAGCCCCCCUACAGAUGAAGAUUCCCCUCUCUGCAUUUAGUAGUACAGCUCCUAUUGAACCACCCACCGUUACAGCGCCCAGAGUUGAAAACCAGACAAGCAGGCCACCAACAGAUACUUCGGCAAACAAGCGAACUGCUGAGGGAACAACACAGAGCGGGAAGGUCACAGGAAGCGAUUCAGGAGGUGUCAUUGAUCUUACACUGGAUGAAGAGGAUGAUGGUUCUUCUCAAGCAGAUGGCAAGAAGCAGAACCAGACACCUGUUACAGGAUUGAGCAUAUCCACCCAGCCCUUGGCUCGACCCUUGCAGCCUUUGCAGCCAAACCCUGUGCAGCAGACAGGUGUGCCAACAAGUGGACCCUCCCAGACCACCAUACAUGUAUUACCUACAGCUCCGACAACAGUGAAUGUAACACAUCGGCCAGUGACUCAAACUGCUGCAAAACUUCCUAUACCAAGAGCCCCUGCUAACCAUCAGGUGGUCUAUACCAGUCUUCCUGCACCACCAGCUCAGAAUCCUGUAAGAGGAGCUGUCAUGCCAAGCCCAGGUUUAAGGCCAGUCAACCCACAGACUGGAGGUAUGACAGUACGAAUGCCUCAAACAGCUGCGUAUGUUGUGAACAAUGGACUAACUCUUGGAUCUGGAGCACCUCAGCUUACAGUGCAUCAUCGACCACCACAAGUGCAUGCUGAGCCACCACGCCCUGUACAUCCUGCCCCACUCCCGGAGGCACCACAGCCACCACGUCUGCCCCCUGAAGCUGCCAACACUUCUUUGCCUCAAAAGCCACAGCUGAAGCUGGCACGGGUACAGAGCCAGAAUGGUAUUGUGCUGUCAUGGAGUGUCAUGGAGGUAGACCGGAGCUGUGCCACUGUGGACAGUUACCAUCUCUAUGCCUACCACGAGGACCCAAGUGCCACUAUGCCCUCUCAGUGGAAGAAGAUCGGGGAAGUGAAGGCCCUCCCACUACCUAUGGCAUGCACUCUUACGCAGUUUGUGUCUGGCAGCAAAUACUACUUUGCGGUCCGGGCUAAGGACAUCUAUGGACGUUUUGGACCCUUCUGUGACCCCCAGUCCACAGAUGUGAUCUCUUCCCAGAGCAGUUAAACUAGAGAUCUUUGAAGCCUUUAAACCUGUCCUACUACCAAGAAUUACCCCAGUUUUGGGGGGUUGAUCCCAUGCAUGAAAUUCACUUUUAAAUUCACUCUCUGCAGGAUUAUUUUAGACAGUUGUGUGAUACACUACAUGCAUUCAGAACCAAAAGAAAAAUAAAGUCUCACCUGCAGCAA